AUGGAACGAUGGGACAAUCGCGCAUCAGUUAUGGAAAGCAAACCUCUUUCACCGGUUGGUUAAGUUAUCUAUACUUUUAUUGUGACUUUAUCAAUUGAGCAGAGUUUCUCAACCCAUAUGAUUACGGAUGAGGUUAGAUUUUCGUUGAUUGACGCGGUUUGCCUGAAACCUGGAAUUUGGGACUCUCAAAGGUAGGCAAAGAUAUAUAAAUUUCAUUGACUUCAGAUUAUGUUCGACUGCAGUGAAAUGAUUAAUUAUAGCAGUUUUGAAGAUAAAGCGGAGCUCUAGAUUGCUUUUAUGCGAUCAUCGAGCUUAUUUUAUUUUUUACAGGGAAAAGACGACCGGAAUCUCGAGAAGAGAACUUUUUGCCGAUGUUGCCGAGCAAAUAAAUCAACAGUUUCAACUAGCCAUGUCUCGUAAGUUUUUAUUGAAUUUUUUUUUCCAAAUUCAGUUUUAGAUAAUAUUCUCUCACUGAAAAUCACAAAAGUAGCAAAUAUUAUAUCAAGAAUUUUCAGUUGACGACGUCGAACGGCUUUGGAAAAAUUUGAAAGACACCUACGUAAAAACUCGUAAAAGAGUAUGUUUUUUUUUUUUUUUGAAAUACCUUAUACAUAUUAGAAUUUUAGAAUUAAUUUAGAAAUUUUUGAAGGUCUCUUACGAUCAAGAAGGCUGCGUCAUACCCCCAAAAUGGAAAUUUUAUCAAGCAAUGAUGUUCCUUGACAAUCUUGGCCAUUCACCGAGUCCGCAGCCAAGAUCAGGAAAACGAACGACAGAAAAUGAUAACGUUGUUUCAAUCUUCUUUGAGCGAUUAAAAAAUAUUUUCUAGGGGUACUACUUGACACCACCCUCAGCAAAGAGAACACGAGAAGAAUCGGAAGACAUGGAUGAAUACAUGGGAUUUUGUGAGUUUUUCCAAAAGAUGAUAAGAAUCAUGAAAAUCUCUUCAGGUAAAUCUUUGUACCAUCCUUUACGCGAAAUUGGCUACAAAGAUCGUGUGCAGCUGCUGAAAGCACAGAAAGCUAUUCGAGAUAUUAUACACGAUGCUCAAAUGGAAGCUUUAAUGAGUCAAAUCAACUAG